AUGAUUAAUAAGUCUGUCAUAUUCUUUGGCCAAGAAUUAGCAAUCAGUCCGUUUGUAUCUAUCUAUCUAUCUAUCUAUCUAUCUAUCUAUCUAUCUAUCUAUCUAUCUAUCUUAACAUGUAUUGUUGUGUUGAAAACGUACGUCUUCUUUUCAUUUUCAUCUAUCUAUCUAUCUAUCUAUCUAUCUAUCUAUCUAUCUAUCUAUCUAUCUAUCUCAGUUUAUUCAUAUUCUGUUUAUCUAUCUCUUCAUAUCCGUCUAUCUAUCGCUCGCUCGCAGUUUAUUAAUCUAUCUAUCUAUCUAUCUAUCUAUCUAUCUAUCUAUCUAUCUAUCUAUCUCACUUAUUCAAAUUCUAUCGCUUUCUCUCUCUCUCUCUCUCUCUCUCUCUCAGUCUAUUCUUUAUCUAUCUAUCUAUCUAUCUAUCUAUCUAUCUAUCUAUCUAUCUAUCUAUCUAUCGCACUUUAUUCAUAUUCUAUUUAUCUCUCACUCUCUCAGUCUUUUCUUUCUAUCUAUCUAUCUAUCUAUCUAUUAGUCUUUUCUAUCUAUCUAUCUAUCUAUCUAUCUAUCUAUCUAUUUUGA